UCAGUUCUUUUGAACGGUGAUGUGUAUGAGAGAGUAUGGAAAGGGAAAGAUGUCGCAUAUGGUCAUUUGAGAGUCAUUGGGUGAAGAGCAUUUGUUCAUAUUCUUAAAGAUGAGAGAUCCAAGCUUCAUGAUAAAGAAAAACCAUGUAUUUUCUUAGGAUAUUUUCAUGAAGAGUUUAGGUAUAGAUUAUGGGAUCCCAUGAACAAGAAGAUUAUUAGAAGUAGGGAUGUGGUAUUUCUUGAAAAUCAAAUGUUUGAAGAUAGUGAAAAAGUUCAAAAGAAAAAGUCCCAUGUUAAUGUUCAAAAUAUAUUGUAAUUAUCUGCAAUAGGUUUUCCCCAACAACACCUACCAUAGAAAAAGAGAAUUUUGUUGUUAAUUGUGGCCCAUUUCAUUUAUAGUUGCACAACCAAAACCAGUAUAGGUAAUCAGUGGUAGCAGUUGAAAGUACUAUAUAAUAUCCAUUCAUUCCCUUCCAUAAUCCAUCCCCACUUCAGUCUCUAAAUUCAACACUUUUCUUUUAUUUUUUCAUUAAAUAAAAUCAUAAAUAUAUAAAUAUAUAUAUAGCUCAACUCAUUAUUAUUACACCGACGUGGAAUUUAGAUCCUCCUCUUUCCUCAGAUCUCAUCUACACAGACAGAGACUCAGAGAGAGAGAGAGAGAGUGUGUUACUUUAUGUCGUUUUGCUUUUGUGCUCAUACAACUUGAUACCCAAUACUCUUUUUCAUUUUCAGAUUGGUUAAAAAGAUUCUUGGCUUACAAGGUCUCUCUUCUCCAAUGGCGGUGGCCGUUCGAGGAAGCCGUGGUGGAGGAGGUGGAUUGGGUUUUGGUGGCUUCAGUUUCCGGAGCUUCUUCUCCUAUCGGAUCUUUGUUUCUGCUAUGUUUUCGCUUCUCUUCAUUGCCACGCUCUCUGUUCUUCUUACCACAAAUCCUUCAACUCCACACCACCGUGAUUCUACACUUCCGAGUAAUGGUAUACAUAGAACGUUUCUUGCUUUGCAAUCUGAUCCUUUAAAGACUAGAUUAGAUUUGAUUUAUAAGCAAGCAAGUGAUCAUAUGACUUUGGUGAAUGCUUAUGCGGCUUAUGCAAGAAAGCUUAAGCUUGAUAUAUCUAAACAUUUGAGAUUGUUCAAUGAUUUGGCUUCGGAUAUUUCGGAUCUUCAAAUGAAACCCACUUACCGAACGUCCUUGUUUGAAUCUGAUGGUCCGGUUGAUGAGGAUGUUUUAAGACAGUUUGAGAAGGAGGUGAAAGAUAAGGUUAAAACUGCAAGAUCAAUGGUUGCGGAAUCGAAAGAGAAUUAUGAUACUCAGCUAAAGAUUCAGAAGUUGAAGGAUACCAUUUUUGCAGUUAAUGAGUUGCUUAUGAAGGCGAAAAAGAAUGGUGCUUUCGCGAGCUUGAUUGCUGCAAAAUCAGUACCGAAGAGUUUGCAUUGUCUUGCUAUGAGGCUUGUUGGGGAAAGAAUUUCGAAUCCAGAGAAGUAUAGGGAUGAAGGGCCUAAACCUGAAUUUGAAGAUCCAAGUUUGUAUCAUUAUGCAAUUUUCUCAGAUAAUGUGAUUGCAGUAUCGGUUGUAGUUAGAUCUGUUGUUAAGAAUGCUGCAGAACCUUGGAAACAUGUUUUUCAUGUGGUUACAGACAGGAUGAACCUUGCAGCAAUGAAAGUUUGGUUUAAGAUGCGGCCAGCGGAAGGAGGUGCAUAUGUGGAGGUGAAGGCAGUGGAGGACUAUACUUUCUUGAAUUCUUCUUACGUGCCGGUUUUGAGGCAGCUUGAGUCAGCAAAUCUGCAGAAGUUUUACUUUCAGAAUCAGCAGGAGAAUGCAACAAAGGAUACAAGCAACAUGAAGUUCAGGAACCCAAAGUACUUGUCAAUGUUGAAUCACCUUCGAUUUUAUUUGCCGGAGAUGUAUCCAAAGCUGCACAAAAUUCUUUUUUUGGAUGAUGAUGUUGUUGUGCAGAAAGACUUGACUGGGUUGUGGAAGAUUGAUUUGGAUGGAAAAGUGAAUGGGGCUGUUGAAACUUGCUUUGGUUCUUUCCAUCGAUACGCCCAAUAUUUGAAUUUCACACACCCUCUAAUCAGAGAUAAGUUUAAUCCCAAGGCUUGUGCUUGGGCUUAUGGGAUGAAUAUAUUUGAUCUUGAUGCUUGGAGGCGUGAGAAAUCCACAGAGCAAUACCAUUACUGGCAGAACUUGAAUGCAGAUCGUUCGUUAUGGAAACUUGGGACUCUUCCACCGGGUCUGAUCACUUUCUACUCGACAACAAAGUCAUUGGACAAAUCUUGGCAUGUGCUUGGACUUGGAUACAAUCCUAGUAUAAGCAUGGACGAAAUCAACAAAGCUGCAGUCAUUCACUACAAUGGAAACAUGAAACCUUGGCUCGACAUUGCUAUGAACCAGUAUAAGAAUCUUUGGACCAAAUAUGUGGAUAACGACAUGGAGUUCGUCCAAAUGUGCAAUUUUGGCUUAUAGACAACACUACUAGCUUGGUUGCUCUGAAUCGUUCUUCAGGUGACAUAAAAUACAGUAGUAGUAUCAGUAGUUAUCUCUCAUGUUUUCCAGUAAUUACCUCUCAUGUUUACUUGUUCUCACAUGUUUUUGGACCUCUUUCCGAGUUGCAACCCUCAGAGCGAAGCUCAGUGAUUCUUUGUAUUUGGUGGAAAAUGGUGUCCGAUAAUUCUUUCUUUUAUUGUUCAUUCAGUAAUUCAUGUCAACUAUGGAUUUGUAAACAAUGAGAUCGAGUAAUGUAUACGGUGCAAUGAAUUUUUGGUUAUUUUUACCAUAUUGUAAUAUUAAGAUACAGAUUGCAGGGUGUGAUAAGACUUAUCAUAUCCAAUUUAGUGUACUUCUAUAUUCUUUUCCCA